AUGCACUGUGUGAACGGAAGUUCAUCUGUGGCCCUCUUUCGGCCCGGCGUGCAGUCCUUGUCUACAGCAGUUGCAGCAGAGGCGAGGAAGCGGCCCUUUCCUCGACACCGCUCACAAGACAACCCUGGCACCCGCUUCUGUGUGCCCUCAAAUUACGGGAUCGACACCAUCUUUGUCGCGCCUAGGCUGGACCACCGGUCCCAGUUUGCUUCCAAGUCUGCUGCAAGUCCUGAGACUCCAGGCUCCACCAUCUCCAGAGAGGCCAGCACCCAGUCUUCAUCAGCUGCGGCCAGCCAAGGCUAUGUUUUACCAGAAGGCAAAAUCAUGCCGAACACCGUUUUUGUUGGUGGAAUUGAUGUUAGGAUGGAUGAAACUGAAAUUAGAAGUUUCUUUGCUAGAUAUGGAUCAGUAAAAGAAGUGAAGAUAAUCACGGAUCGAACUGGUGUGUCUAAAGGCUAUGGAUUUGUUUCAUUUUAUAAUGACGUGGAUGUGCAGAAGAUUGUAGAAUCACAGAUAAAUUUCCAUGGUAAAAAGUUGAAACUGGGCCCUGCAAUCAGGAAACAAAAUAUAUGUGCAUAUCAUGUGCAGCCGCGUCCUCUGGUCUUUAACCCUCCUCCUCCACCGCAGUUUCAGAGCGUCUGGGGUAGUCCAAACACAGAGACUUACAUGCAGCCUCCGACCAUGACGAGUCCUAUAACUCAGUAUGUCCAGGCAUAUCCUCCUUAUCCAAGUUCACCAGUUCAGGUCAUUACUGGAUACCAGCUGCCUGUAUAUAAUUACCAGAUGCCACCACAGUGGCCUGUUGGUGAACAAAGGAGUUACGUUAUACCUCCGGCUUAUACAACUGUUAACUACCACUGUAAUGAAGUUGAUCCAGGAGCUGAAGUUUUGUCAAAUGAAUGUUUAGUUCACGAAGCUACUCCAUCCUCUGGAAAUGGCCCACAAAAGAAAUCUGUGGACCGAAGUGUACAGACUGUGGUAUCUUGUCUGUUUAAUCCAGAGAACAGACUGAGAAAUUCACUUGUUACUCAAGAUGACUACUUCAAGGAUAAAAGAGUACAUCACUUCAGAAGAAGUCGGGCAGUGCUUAAAUCUGUCUGACCCUCUCCACUAACUUGCUAGUCUCAUGGGGAGUUGCUGGUUUGGAAUAUUAUGAAGAGAUUGAAAGUUUUUCACCACUAUUUUGAUAAAUCACAC